AUGACAAGGGGCAUAUUCACUCAUUAUUCAUCAUACAUUGCUAAAGAUGUAGCAUUCAAGAUACAUUGUCCAACAAAUAAACAAGUGGAUAAUUCAACUGUGGUUUAUGCUGAUGAAUCAAAUAAUCUUCAUCUCGGUAUAAUUGCAGGAAUUGUCAAACUCAAGCAUACCGACGAAAUUUUAUUCAUUGUGGAUCAAGCGAAAAUUAGUGGUUAUGGUUCCUUUUCACUUAAUGGGACGGAAUACACAAAUGAUUUCUUUAUUUUUGCAAUGUUAACAAAACCACGAAGCAUCGUUUCUAUUCAUUAUAAUGCAAUACAAGAAAAAGUUGCUUAUCGAUUACAUGAAAAGCUGAAUUCUGUUUUUGAAUUCCAUCUAUUUCCAAAUCGUCUAGAAUCCACAUAA